CUUCUUAACAGCUCUUUUCCAUUUCCCAUUAAAGUUUCAACAGCUGCGCAAUCUCAGCAUCUUCUUUAAGCUAAGCUGCGUUUUCUCGCUCCAAUUUUCAACCUUUUUCUUCUCCACUAAUUUCAAGAAAUGGGAAGGAGUCUCAGCCCUUUGGUGAGGCAAGAGCUGGCAAAUCUUGACAAAGAUGAAGAUAGUCGCAAAUCUGCCAUGAAAGCAUUGAAGUCCUAUGUGAAAGAUUUGGAUUUCAAGGCCAUUCCUGUUUUUCUUGCAAAAGUGUCUGAGAGCAAGGAAAAUUGUUCUGGGGAAUUCACAAUUUCAAUCUAUGAAGUUCUUGCGCGGGUUCAUGGUGUCAAAAUUGUUCCUUUGAUAGACAGCAUCAUGGGAACCAUAGUCAGGACUCUGGCUUCAAGCGCAGGGUCUUUCCCUCUUCAACAGGCUUGCUCAAAGGUGGUUCCUGCAAUUGCAAGACAUGGAAUUGACCCCUUAACCCCAGAAGAUAAAAAGAGGGAUAUAAUUCGGUCCCUUUGCAUGCCUCUUUCAAAUUCUCUCUCAAGUUCUCAAGAGAGUCUUACUUCUGGUGCUGCCCUUUGCUUGAAGGCUUUGGUGGAUUCAGAUAACUGGAGAUUUGCUUCUGAUGAAUUGGUUAAUAGGGUUUGCCAGAAUAUUGCAGUGGCAUUAGAUGGAAAGUCUGGUCAAACCAACUCACACAUAGGUCUGGUUAUGUCGCUGGCCAAGCGCAAUGCUUUGAUCAUUGAAGCAUAUGCAAGGUUGCUCAUACAAUCUGGACUAAGAAUACUGAAUGCUGGCCUUGUGGAGGGGAAUUCUCAGAAGCGGCUUUCUUCCAUUCAGAUGAUCAACUUCUUGAUGAAAAGUUUGGACUCUAGGAGCAUAUUCUCAGAGCUUGAAUUGAUAAUUGAGGAGAUGGACAAGUGUCAAUCUGAUAAAAUGGCAUUUGUUCAAGGUGCAGCACUUGAGGCUUUGCAAACUGCCAAGAGAAUUGUUAGUGACAAAAAGCCUAGAUAUGCAAAAAGUCCUGCAUCGGUGACAGGGUCAAAUUUUAGUAGGAGAGAUGGAGACUUUAUGGAGGGAGAGAAUAGUUCUGGUGAUGGAGACCGCACUCCUAGUUCUCUUUCACCAGAAUCACGUACUUUGGACUUUUUCCCUGGAUAUGAAUCCGUUGUUGAGUCUCCUAUUUCAAGCAACUUAGACUAUGAACGAAGAAGUGUGACUAGGAAGCUUUGGAGUAAUGAAAAUGGAGGGGUCGAUGUGUCUCUCAAGGAUGGUUUGUUUUCAGAAGUAGGAAAAGCAAGUGCUUUGUUGGAAAAUUCAUUGAUUCACGAGUUUUCUGAUGGUCAGGGAGAUUCUACAGAGGAGUUUGCUGGUUUCAUGGCCAGAAAUCCCAGGCAUGUAGUAUCCAGAAGUACUACCACAAGUCCACUGAGGUUACGCUCAAAGGCAAAUGUUGACAGCAUAAAAAUAUUUAACACCCCUAGGAAGCUCAUUCACUCUCUUCAAGAUUCAAGUGAUGUGACUUUGGGUUGCUCUGAGAAACAGAAUAGAAGGUUCAGGAGUCUAUCCUCAGGUAAUAUUGAAUGGAGUGCAACUUCUAAAUAUGACCAAAACGGUUUCUCAGAUCAUGUGAAGUGUGAUAGUGAGGUGAAUGAAAGUUUAUGUGCUGAGGUUGAGUUCCAAGAUGGCUCAGAAUCAGUCUCAUCAACAGAUGACCUUCCUGUAGACACCAAUAUGCCUACCAAAGUGGUUCCUGAAAAUAGAAAUGUUACACCAACUGCACUACCAAAGAUUAAAUAUAAAUUGGUUUGUGGUCUUUCAUUUGUUCUGCUUGCAUUGGCAACUCCUUUACUUUGGAUCAAUAGUCAGGAUGACGGCCAUUAUCUUGUCCCAACAUAACCAUCCUCAUUACUUUGUACAUCCUUUGAAUUAAGUUUAGGUAUGCUUUUGUCAAAGUAGUUUUUAAUUCCAACUAUGUUGGAAAAUUCAUUGUAGCAGCAUAUAUGGUCUGUGCCAUUGAGCAUCUUCAAUGUGCAUUUGUUUUCCUGUAAACACUUUGAGAACUGUUUUAUUGAA